AUCCUGAACCAUCGCUUCAAGACCAGGCUCUUCCCCACUCGACCCGACCAGGCUCCCGCACUCGACCCCUCCCUCUCUGUCGUCCGCCUCCGCCGCAUAUAGGGUUCGCCCGGCACCGCCGCCCCGCCGCUGCUUUACCGCCGUCGAGGACAUCUCCCGCGGACUCGACCCCUCCCUCGGCCCGAGCCCGACGCCCCAUCCCUCCCCGCGAGCUCCUUGCCCGGUCCGGCCCCUCCGGCGACCCACUCCGACGGACGGCGCCCCAUCCCCGUUCCACCUCCCCUCGCCGUGACCGUGAGCCACCAAGGAAGCAAAGUGCUCUGAAGUCUGAACAGCUGAACCUCUUGUCAACUCCAGCAAACUAGCAGAGCCUUCAAUCAUCAAAUAAAAGCGUUGUGAUGUCGCUACGACAGCUACUGGGAUGGUCAGAUGGAGAGGUGAUGCGGCCGGAGUCAAAGCCCUGUUCCCGACUGAUGCGCCACACUGCUGGUAUCUUCUCAGUUGGUGGUGGCCUUGCUUUCUGGGUGCUUUGCCGGCUUCACUAUGGUCCAAGAAUUACGGUUCCCAGGAGUCUUAGGUGGGCAUCCUGUGGAGCGAUCGGCACGAGUGCGACGGCAGCCAUGCUUGUGCGGCUCUUCAGCCCGGAGUGUGAACCGCAGAACAUCGCAGCUUUCGACAGACCUGAACACAAGGCUGCAUAAUAUCAUGGAAAUCCGGGGCCAGGUCUACCAAGCUAUGCGCGUUUGCUGAUUCGGCCCAUAGUAUCUGCUUUCUUGUAAGGUGCUUAUGCAUAAAUGUAUCUCCCUGAAAUCGGACAGCUCUAUGUUUCCUACGCUGCCCCCCCACCCCCCGCGUCAUUUUCUUCUUCUGAAAACUAGGAGCUGGUACCAUUAGCAUCAAAUUUGGUUUCCGUUGCUUGCGAACUGAGAUAGUGCUGUAUUACUGGCUACACUCUGAAUGCUAAUAAGUUAGUAGUACAUUCAGUUAACCUGAUGGCUAACAAGUUACAUUCAGUUAACCUGAUGACUGUUUAUUC